AUACCCCUCCUUUAUGUAUAUAAGGGGAGGCGGAUCAUUUGUAACGAUUAUCGAAAUACAUAAUUCUUCAUGGUAUCGGAGCCAACUCUGGGCUAUUCCCGAACCAUCUCUUAUUUGUCUUCCCUCGGCGUGCCUCUCUCUCCUCGCUGCCGUGAACCUCCCCACCCUCGACGCUUCAAUCUUGAGGGGUUUCUUACCGGUGAGAAAACCUCCACCGACAAAGACGAUAUUGAGUGGCUUCAACUUGAUGCUCUCAUCCAAGGAUGGAUUCUCUCCACCGUCAACGACGAGGUAUCCGAUCUCAUCCUCUCAUCCACCAAGUCUGCUGUAGAUCUCUGGACGGCCGUUUACAACCUGUUUCACGAUAACAAAGCCGCUCGAGCGAUGCAGUUGGAACAUCAGUUCUACAGCACCGUCAAAGUGACGUCCACCAUCGCCACAUAUUGUCAAAACCUUCGGAACAUAGUCGACUGGUUAGACAACGUGGACGCCCCUGUUACAGAGAAUCAACUCGUACUCCAAGUUCUUCGCGGCCUCCCCGACGAUCUCAGCAAUCAAGCCUCUUUCCUUCAGUUUCAAAAGCCGCCGCCAACAUUCAUGGAAACGAGGUCAGCCCUGGUUCUUUUGGAACGCAACCGCCGCCCUCUCGCUUCUACUGGUGAUGGAGGUCCGGCACUAGCAGCGACCACUCACGGCGGAGCCGCGGGUCGCGUACAGGGUCACAGCGGUGGCGGCGGGCAGCAAUCCAGCAUCGGAGACACCGGCGGUGGACAGCUCCAGGCGAACAGCGGGCGCGGGCAGGCCUAUGGCGGUCGUGGUGGACGACCGGCUAGAGGACGCGGUCGGGGUCGGAACUUUGGCGGAAACCCUCGACAGGCACCCGGACAGCAACAUCCAUGGCAGAUCCCCUAUUACAACCCCAAUCCAGGCCUUUUGGGCCCCCGCCCAACCCAAGCCCAAUACCCGGCCCGUGCUUAUUUUACCCAACCCUCCUACACAAACUACCCCAGCCCAUAUCCAUAUGCCCCAGCCGGCCCAAUCACACCCCCAGCCCAUUUACCCCACCACCCAGCCUGGUUACCCAGCCCCCUGCGGGUCCUACCCACCCACCCCUCAAACCCCCACCCCUACAGCUUUAACCCACUAAUUUGAUACAAUGACCCUCCGCGAACCUACAUGGUUCAUGGACACCGGUGCUUCCCACCACAUUGCCUCCAACCCAGGAUCUUCGGACGGGAGUCGUGAUUCAUCGCUCCAAUAAUGACGGCCCACUUUA